AGAAACAACAGCGCAACAGCAAAGCGCGAGAGUUUCGAAUUUCGAGACAAGUUUUCGUUGCUUCCUCCUGGCGUGGAUAACCUCGCUUUUUUGCUGUACGAAAUGACACCAAGAUCAUCGAGAAGAACUGUCGCCACUGUACGGAGCGUGACUGCACUUGGAAACGUUAUCUCGUAUUGACUCGACCUCAAGUCAAAGCUCAGGACAAGUUUCCUUCAAAGUUUACCCGGCCAUCUCCCAGUCUCUGUUGCGGUGCUGUAGAAGCAGUUGGUGUCGGCGCUCCAAGGUUGGGGGAAACUGCGCGACACCUGCGCUUGAGGCAAAGUACCUGUGCUGACAACGGUCGGGCGUUACGUGGCCGCUCUCGCUUUGGAGCCCUGGUGCCGCUAUGGGACCAGCUGGGAGUUCGGCGCACAGGCUCGUCGGCCAUAGCGCCGGCCUCGAAAAAAGAAGACGAAUAAGCAGAGAAUCGGCGGAAAAUGGCUGAGGCGUUCCAACGCUGGCCAUGCGUGCGGACGUUGGCAAUCGUGCGGGUUGGUUGAAGUGAGCUGCUCGUUCAUCGUCUACCGGCUCCAGCAGGUGGUGGAUUUCCACUAUGUUCCUAUGCGCCGGUUGUCAAGCGUAUCCAUUCCGUCCUCGCCCCCACCCCAGCGUCUUAUUACAAACAUGCGGGGGCGCGAGCUUGUGGCAAGCUAUGACCAAGAGAGGCCACCAAGCCGGACUGCCACUAGGUUCUGAAGCAAUUGUCCAACAUGCACAAGUUAAAAAGUCUCCUUACUGGAAACAAGUCUAAUGUGCCGAAAAGACGGCGCUUCAACGGUUUCCAAGGCGAGUAAUACGUCCAGUCUGGUCUCGCGCACGUUCGCGGCGAACGGCUGGAAAGGCAAAGUCUCCGUACUCGCCACAAGCGACGAGACCUGCUGGCCGGCAAGUCGCUACGGGCAGGUGCAGGUGGCGUCUGCGCCGCAGAGGCGGCCGGGCUAAAUAACUCUCACUGUGCAAUUUGCCAUCAACGUCCUAUUUUGAACUUUGUAACGCCACCGGAAGCCAAUUCACAACAAACAUGCUCGGCAAGCGUUGCGCAUCGGAAAUGGAGGCCUGCCUCACUGAGUACUACCGCCAGGAGUGCCUUCGUGCCUUAUACGCCAAGCAGGAGCGUCCACGUGACUGCGCAUGGGUCAGCAAGGAUAUGAUGGCCAAACCUCCACGUCGAGCGCGCAAGGGUGUCUCGUUCGCCAUGGCUCCCGAGAUCAUCGGUAGUGCCGACCCUACGGUGGAUCGAAGCCCCAUCGAUGUGUCCCCGAUCUCCAAGCUCGAACUCAUCGUGUUGCUUUCGCAGCGCACAUUCCCCGUUCAGGCCUAAAUGCAACACCAAUCGACCUCAACAGGACAACCAGACUACAUUCAAGUAGUACGCACCAGGCAACGGACGACACGCAGGCUAGUGCACGCACUGCACCGCUCCGUGCUGGAUACUCCCAACCUCUCCCACUCCUCAUGCUUGGGUGGACCUAGAAGACCGAGCUCGGCGCCGUCGAAAAGCGGCCCAAGCCUCAGCAUGUAGUUAUAGAACCACGAGUCAUGGUUUAUUGACUCGAUAUUUAAGUUUGCGAAUGUAAUGCCGACACUUCCAACAUCACAA